UAGCCGCCUGUCAGCAGUUUGGAAAUAACAAAGAGAAGGAGGGUUUGUUUGGAGCCCAAUUUCCAAACAACCCGACAUUUGAUUUUCUUCAAUUCGCUGAAUCAGUCCCCCAUUUGAUUUUGUUCAAUCCAUCACUGUAGUUUCGUCCUCGUCAAUUUAAUCAUAUUCUUCUUCCAUCCCCAGAUUUGGACUCAUCACCAAUCCAACAUCUACCGGCGGUGAACGGUCUGGUUCUAAUUUGAGGCAAUUUCUGUAUGGAGUUGGUUUGUGUUCAUACUUGAAAGAGGAGCUAGUAAGAAGAAAUGGAUUCAUGGGUUGCAAUAGCAGCUGGAGCAGCUGGGUAUAUAUCCAAGAGGUGGCAGUCUCCACCGCGUGAGAAACGAGUUUCAUCCGACCUAACUGGGCAACUUCAAGAUAAAUCCAUCCCUGUCAAACGAUUGAAUAGGGGAUUUAGAAAUCCCGAUGAAAAUGUUGUUUCUUCCAGAGACAAUUGGAUUUCGGACGACAGCAAUCUAUCGGAGGCAACAAUUGUUAGUACUCCAUGUGAUAACAAACAAGUAAAUGAUGUUAACAUGUAUAAUGACUGCGAUCUACAUUCUAUUUUAAGUUUAAUGCCUCCAUACUCGAAGAUCAUUGAAAUCAAUGGAGACUUUGAUGAAUAUAGAGCAAGUGUUGAUGUUUUGGAUCAGAGAUCUCCUAGAAGUAGCCUGCAAUUUAUUAGACCGUCAAGUUCCAUUGAAAAUUGCCUCACGGUGGCUCAGUUUUGCAAGGGACACAUUGGAAUGGAAAAUCACUUCCUUUAUUCUCCUGCUCAAUCGUCAACUGUGACGGUCAAGCCAUUAAGAAAGAGUAAUUCCUUUGGUAGGAAAAUAGGAGACGUGUUACAAAGGUUGCAUAAGCAAAAAUCUCCACUCGGUCAAGAGACUAUCUUUGGCCUUCCGCCUUUAUCUAAUGUAGAGGUUGCGAGGAACACGGAAGUUAAGAAGGUGGAUAAGCAACUCACAAAUUCAAUGUGUGCCUGUGAAACGGGUGAAAAUAGAAAAAACCCUGAUCUACUUGCAGGAUACUCAGAAGCAGCAUCUAUUUUCACUCUUGGUGUAUCAGUGGGUCUUAUAUCUUCAUUCUUAGUGAAUAAGAAUGAGUUAAAUAAAUUGAAUGGCCUGUUGAAGCAGACAGAAAACUUGGUCGAAGAUCUACAAGAAGAACUUGAGUUGAAAGAUUCAUUAACAGUAAAAGAACUUGCAAUUGAGGAUCAAGAUUCACAGGACAUGCAUGAUAGUAAUAAUAGCGAACUACGUGAGCAGAAGAACGAGGAACAUUUGGAAGCCAUGUCCAAGAUUGAAGCGGAACUUCAAGCUGAACUCGAGUGGUUAGAACUAAGCGUGGGUUAUUCAAAUCCACAUGCAAAAUCAUCGGAUUUGGACGAGAACCAGGACUUGAUACUGGGAUUGGCAGAGGGCGAAUUAAGGGCUGAAAUGUUUGGCUGGAAAUCAGGUAGCCAACCUUUCGCAGAUCGAGAUGGAAGUGGUGUCUCCACUCCUUACUCUGUAAAUUAUGCAGUCUCUCCACGAGAGCUGAGUUUGCGUUUGCACAAAGUUAUAGAAUCCAGACUAGAAGAACGCAUUAGUGAGCUGGAAACAGCUCUAGAGCGCAGCGAGAGAAAACUUCAGUUGACUAAACCUCAACAUGAGAUUUCAUCAGAAAGCGACGAGUUAAGGCCAUUUUCGUGGUGCUUGGAUUUUAGUAGCCCGGUUGUAAAGAAGAAGGAAGAAGAAGAAGGAACGGAAAAUGACGUUGAGCAAGCUAGUGUCAUCAGUCUGUCCGAAGAAGAGGGGUAUGCUGACAUGAAGAUGAAAAACGAUACCGAAUCAUCAUCCAGAAGUAAGAAAGCCAUAGAUGGAUUGAUGGAAGACAAUAUUUUGUGCAAUGGAGAUGAUGAUGAUGGAGAUGAUUGGUUAAAUUGGAACUUGGGUGAUGAAUCAGUAAAUAUUUGCUUUCCAGAUGAUGAGAAUUUGCUGGAACUGGAUAAUUUGAAUUUGGAUGUUGUUGAUAGUGAAGAAGAAGAAGAAGAUUAUGAAGAGCUCUUGAUAAUAAAGCAGAUUGUAGAGAAAACUAGGAAAGAUUCUUCUGCUUUGUUGAGUGCUAAGAAGGCUUUGUUUUCAAUGGACCAAACCCAACAAUGGGACUACUGACUAUAACAAUACUGCAACAUUAUUAUUUUUCCUUCUAAUUACUGAUCUGGAUUAUGGGCUUUAGAUUAGUUUUCUUAAACCCUAAAUACUUAAUUAGAUGUAAACAAUCUUGGACUAAAUUAUAUAAAUACCAACAGAAUUAAUGUUC